AUGUUAAAUAGCAGCAUCAUAGAAGUGGGCCAAGUGUCUAACACAACUCUGGAUGGCCUUGGCACGACCCUCCACCAGGCACUGAACAUAAUCCUCACCAUCUUGUUGGCAGUGGUAGUAUUUGCCCUCGGCUGUACUGUGGAGAUCGGUAUGGUGUUGACCCAUGUGCGCCGACCAUGGGGCAUCUUGGUUGGAAUUUUGUGCCAGUUUGGCGUCAUGCCGCUCACCGCGUUCCUGCUGGCCCUGACCUUAAAUGUGAGACCGGUGCAAGCUAUAGCCAUUCUUAUCAUGGGCUGCUGCCCAGGAGGCACCAUCUCAAACAUUAUCACCUACUGGAUCGAUGGAGACAUGGACCUCAGCAUCACCAUGACGAGUUUGUCCACCAUAUUGGCGAUGGGAAUGAUGCCACUUUGCCUUCUUGUUUACUCGCGGUCCUGGGUGGAGACCGGCAGCAUCAGGGUUCCCUACAUCCAAAUAGGUAUUACUCUGGUUAGUCUAAUUGUCCCUGUGGCCUGUGGCGUCUUUGUCAACUACAAGUGGCCAAAAGCAGCAAAGGUCAUUUUGAAGGUAGGGUCAGUGGUGGGCUGUGUUUUGCUGAUGAUAGUGGGCGUCGCAAGUGCUCUGCUGUACCGUGGCUCCUGGAACACAGAUGCAGCCAUGGUGAUUGUCGGGCUCAUCUUCCCCAUGAUUGGCUUCACCGCUGGCUUCACUACUGCUAUUUUAGCGCGACAGCCGUGGCCAAGGUGCCGGACAAUUGCCCUGGAGACCGGAGCCCAGAAUGUUCAGAUCUGCACAACAGUGCUCCAGCUCUCUUUCAGUCCACAGGACCUAGUGCAGAUGUUCACAUUCCCUCUCAUCUACGGCUCCUUUCAGCUUACAUUUGGCCUCCUUCUAAUCACAGUUUAUCAGAUAUACAAGCGGAUUUCCACAUGUAAAUCAGAUGGGUCUGUCUUACCUGACCAGGCCCUACAAAGCUGCCCAAGUGCCAACUCUGGACAAGGGGAAGUCAAUAUAAGUUUUGAGCCUGAUUUGUCUGUGCAGUCUUCUUCCAAUUAAGACAUAGAAAUCUGUUCUACUCUGCAAGCACUUUUAUGUGUCCUUGAUAUGUGUAUAUAUGUUGUUGUAACUUUUGUCUGAUAGCUUUUGAACAUUUGUUUCUUUGUAACAAACAAUACAUUGUAGUCAGCAAUGAAAUCAUAUUUCCUAUUACCAUAACAGCAACUUUGAAUGGUCAGUUUGAGAUACAGCCGUGUGAGAAAUAUUCUUGUCUUGCUGAAGUUGCUAAAUGAAGCAGUUUAAGAUUUCAAAAAUCCUGGACAAACUGUGAGUAACAAAUGUUUGACCAAGGAGGACGUUAUGGUUAUUAUGUGUCAUGAGACAAAACAGCCAAGCCUACAAUCUGUAGGCUAUUUCCUAAAAAUACUUCCUAAUGUGUUGUCAUGGUAAAUAGGGUAGAAGUAGAGGAUACAGAGUAGAGUUUUCAUUUUAUAAUGACAUAUUUUUAUAUUGUGAUAAUUUAUAUGUAUUUAUGUAUUUUUAUCAUAAUAGGGGAUUUAAAUAUAGUAUCAAAUACCGCAUAUAAUAUAAUGAUUUGAACUAUAACUGUUUAUCAACUUAAUAAAUACAAUAUGUUUUAUUGUUUUUGCCCAACUGAGGAUGUUAUGAUGAUGUUUUAUUUGUUCUUGUGCCUACAGUUUCAAACACUCAAAUCCAAACCUUUUACUUAAACUGUUCAUUUUGAUUCAUUAUCAUAUUCAUUAGACUAUAUAAUUGCUGUUGUACACCAUUAUUUAUUUAAGACAAAUCCAUUUUA